AUGGCUGGCACUGGUACAGAGGACUACAUUAUUGCUCAAUACCUAUUUGGUAGGAGGUGCAAACGUUGCCACUGUGUCAAGUUGAAAAAUAACCAUGUUAAAAGUCAAGCAGUGGAUUCAGCCGCCAAAGUCGAUAAUAUCACUGCAGUGGGUAUCGUACCUAAAACACUCGUUUGUAUAAGUAAUAAAAAUGAUACUCGACCUCUGGCCCAAUUUUAUCACGCCAAUGAAUCGUUAAAUAAAAUUAUUCGUGAAUUGGGAAGUUUUGAUGGUAAACAAGAUGUCCAACGUUGUGCGACUUUAGUUAAUAAGCUACGUGAACAACAUCAGCUUGUUUAUCAGAAAAUGACAGCAGUUAUGGAAGAGGCUAUACCAAUGAAUCUACGUCAUCCUCGUCAUUAUCGUUUAAAAUUUCCUGAAGAUUUCUUAACCGACAAUUUAGGAGGAAUGAUCUGGUUCGGAAUCGAGGGGAUCUCAGCUGGUAGUGCAGUUCUAAAUCACGAGGAGGAAAGCCAGGAAAUGAAACCUUUAGCAGCAGAAUUGCAUAAGCAAUUAAAUACAGUGCGGGACCGGCUCAAAAAUCAAUCAUUACGAAAUAUUAAUAUCUAUCCUAAAAAGGUUAUAAAUGAAUUAAUAGAACUUGAUAGGCUAUGGUCAGAAUUUGAAUUGAGGGCAUUAAAGUCAGAUCUUAUAACAUCUGCCGAAUUAGAAUGUUUCGAUCCCACAGUUUUCUUCGCCGUACCACGUCUAGCAAUUCUAUACUGUAUUUCCGGUUGCCAUGAAGAAGAAUUCGAAAAUGAUUUCAAUUCCGAUAUGACAAUACCCUUAAUGUUUAAUAGCUUCAGAGAGGAAUUACAAGAAAUCAAAUUACUGUUACGUGAAGUUGGUGAUGAAGAUUUAUCAAAAUUGGAGAUUGAUUUGUCAAAUCAGAAUAAUAAGGUAGUAAAGACGGCAGCAAAGGAAGCCAGUGUAAAUAAUGAUAGUAUUGGAAUGGCAAGUCAAGCGCCUGUUUCGAACAGUGAUGGUGAUGAUAUUAAGUAUACCGCGUUGAAAGUAGUGCAAGUUCAAGGAAAUAGCGAUAUUUUACAUGAGUUGUUCGUUAAAAUUUCAUCUAUUGCCGAUCGGCUGCACCAUAUUCACGCAGAAGAUAUCAGAUCUGCUCUCCAAAAGUCUAUUAAGGUUAAUUUAUUGUCGAAACCGUCUCAUAGUGAUGGCGAUAUGAAUCAAAGUGUUGCCGAAGAAAAAAAUGAAUUAUCUACUCCAUUGGAAGUGUUAACAACUAAUGAAAAUAGUAGCAGCUCAAAUGAUGGAGAUAAAAUGCAUAGAACUGUUAAUGAAGUUCAGCAUGAAAGACCCCAAGAAUUACAAAAUGAUCUGAUUCAGCCGCCUUCUUGGGUCCCUGAUUCAAGAUGUGAUGCUUGCACUUUUUGCGAAGCUACCUUUACCGUGUUAAGGAGAAAGCAUCAUUGCAGAAAUUGUGGAAAAAUAUUUUGCAAGAACUGUGUAUCUGCCAGCAAGAAAAUUCCUCGUUUAGGCUUUAAUCGACCGGUUAAAGUCUGUCAAGAAUGCUUCAAUAAUGAAUAA